GUUAGUGUGUGACAGUUUUCAGUGUUUGUCCCACGAAAAUUAUAUCGCUUCCGUGUUUUAGCCAAAAAUAUCAUAAAAUUUUAUGAAAAACUGUGUAAAAAACUGAUAAAUGGCUAGGGGAAGCAAUAGUGGGCGCGAUAGGGACAAGAAACGCACGGGAAGUAAGUCACCGGAGCGUAAGAGGGCCCGGCGGUCAAAGUCACGAGAUAAAGAUCGGAAGUCGAGGAGGGAUCGUCGUGAAAAGAGUCCGGAGAGGAACAGUAGAGAGGGCAGAGAUAGAGACAGGGGAGAACGAAGGCAUGGGGGCUCAUCGAAGAGCUCAAAAAGUGGUGGGUAUGCAUUUGCUAAGGAGCGAGAAGCAGCUAUGAAAUUGGCAAAGUCGCUGGAGAGGGAGAGGAAUAAGGAGAAAGAGCCGAAGGAAGUGGUUGAAGUGAAGGAGGAAACUUUUGAUAUGGGGGCAAUUGACAAGGAAGAGGAACAGAGACGGUUGGAGUUGGAGAUGACAAAGCGCAGGGAGAGGAUUGAGAGAUGGAGGGCGGAGAGGAAGAGAAAGGAACUGGAAGUGAAUAAGAAGGAUAAAGUGAAUGUUUUGGCCAAUAUAACUCUUCCGUCGGCAAAGAAAUGGAGUCUGGAGGAUGAUUCGGAAGAUGAGGCUGAGGAAGCAACGAACCAGGGAGCUGCGGAAGAGGAAGAGAUUGAUCCUCUGGAUGCAUUUAUGCAGGAAGUCAAUGAGGAGGUCAGGAAAGUCAAUAAGAUCUCCCAGCCGAUGAAGAAGACAGGAAGUGGAGUUGUGAUUAUGACAGGAGUGGCCAAGAAAUCUGAGACGAGUACGAAGAAGAAAGGAGAACUGAUUGAGCAGAAUCAGGAUGGUCUUGAGUAUUCCUCAGAGGAGGAAGUUGAAGAUAUCAAAGAUACAGCUGCAAAUCUGGUGAAUAAACACAAGAAAGAAUUGGCCAAGAUUGAUCACUCAGGCGUCAACUAUGCUCCCUUCCGGAAGAAUUUCUACGUGGAAGUGCCGGAAUUGGCAAAGUUGACAAGUGAAGAAGUGGAUAAAUACCGUUCGGAUUUGGAGGGGAUCCAGGUAAAGGGCAAAGGUUGCCCGAAGCCCAUCAAAACCUGGGCACACUGCGGAGUGUCCAAGAAGGAGUUGGAUGUCCUCAAGAAAUUGGCCUUUGACAAACCAACUCCCAUCCAAUGUCAGGCUAUUCCGGCAAUUAUGUCCGGAAGGGACUUGAUUGGCAUUGCCAAGACGGGCAGUGGAAAGACUCUGGCCUUCAUUCUACCCAUGUUCCGGCACAUCCUCGAUCAGCCACCAAUUGACGAUGGAGAUGGACCCAUUGCCAUCAUCAUGACGCCCACCAGGGAAUUGUGCAUGCAAAUUGGCAAGGACAUCCGGAAGUUUUCCAAGCCCAUCAAUCUCCGUGCGGUUUGUGUCUACGGUGGCACGGGGAUUUCUGAACAAAUUGCCGAAUUGAAACGAGGAGCCGAGAUUAUUGUUUGCACUCCUGGCCGGAUGAUUGAUAUGCUGGCAGCUAAUUCCGGAAGGGUCACAAAUCUCAAAAGGGUCACUUACAUUGUUCUGGAUGAGGCCGAUAGGAUGUUUGACAUGGGCUUUGAGCCCCAAGUCAUGCGAAUAAUCGACAAUAUCCGGCCAGAUCGACAGACAGUGAUGUUCAGUGCAACUUUUCCCCGGCAGAUGGAAGCACUGGCGCGGCGGAUUUUAAAGAAGCCCAUUGAGGUCCAAGUAGGCGGAAGAUCAGUGGUCUGCAAGGAUGUUGAGCAACACAUUGCUGUUCUCGAGGAUGAGGCGAAAUUCUUCAAGCUACUGGAACUCCUGGGACACUACCAGGAACAUGGGAGUAUCAUUGUGUUCGUGGACAAGCAAGAGAAUGCAGAUAUUCUGCUGAAGGAUCUCAUGAAGGCAUCCUAUCCUUGCAUGAGCCUCCACGGUGGCAUCGAUCAAUUUGACAGAGAUUCCACCAUCGUGGACUUCAAAUCCGGAAGAGUUAAGCUACUCAUUGCAACUUCUGUAGCGGCUCGUGGCUUGGAUGUCAAACAUCUCAUCUUGGUCAUCAAUUACGACUGCCCCAAUCACUAUGAGGACUACGUGCACAGGUGUGGGCGCACUGGAAGAGCAGGCAACAAAGGAUUCGCCUGGACAUUUAUCACAGAGGAUCAAGGAAGGUAUGCUGGGGAUAUAAUUAGAGCCCUGGAGCUGUCUGGAGCUGCAAUUCCUGAUGAUCUGCGAAAUCUGUGGAACAACUACAAGGCUGGCCAGGAGGCAGAAGGGAAACGCGUCCAUACAGGCGGUGGAUUUAGUGGGAAGGGUUACAAGUUCGAUGAGCAGGAAGCUGCUGCAGUAAAGGAGAGUAAGAAAUUCCAGAAGGCUGCUCUUGGGCUGCAGGAUUCCGAUGAAGAUGACGAUCUGGAUCAGGAUAUUGAUCAACAGAUUGAGAGUAUGUUUGCAGCAAAGAGGAAUGUCAAGGAAGUCGAGGUGCCUAUUGUGGCGUCUCAUCUGCCUCAGACGUCGUCCACGGAUAAGCUGGAGUUGGCCAAGAGAUUGGCGUCCAGGAUAAAUAUUGCUCGGAAUCUCGGAUUUGAGGCCAAGGGAGCAACUCAGCAAGCUGCAGAGGCUAUUCUCAAGGGUGCUGCAGCUCAGCCAAUCAUCACGGCAAAGACAGUGGCUGAACAGCUGGCAGCUAAGCUCAACAAUAAGCUGAACUACCAGCCGAAGGAGGAGGAGGAACCAACAGCAGCAGAGAAUGAGGCGACCUUCAAGAAGUACGAGGAAGAGUUGGAGAUUAAUGAUUUCCCGCAACAGGCUCGCUGGAAGGUGACAUCGAAGGAGGCUCUGGCACAGAUUUCGGAAUAUUCCGAGGCGGGAUUGACGGUAAGAGGCACGUAUGUGCCUCAAGGGAAGAAUCCGCCGGACGGAGAGAGGAAACUCUACCUGGCCAUUGAGAGCUGCAAUGAAUUGGCUGUCCAGAAGGCCAAGAGGGAGAUCACGCGGUUAAUCAAGGAAGAACUCCUGAAACUCUCAACAGCUCAUCAUGUCUUCAACAAGGGGCGCUACAAAGUCCUCUAAAUUUCGAAUGAAAAAUAUGGGCGAAACAGCGAAGGCGACGAAUGAUAAUUUUGUGUAUGAUUCAUGUUGGAAAAGUAAAGUAAGCUUCGCUAAAA